UCUGCCCAAUCAGCCCAGCUAAUUUUAUUGACCUUCGGUCUACUUUUCCAAGAGGCCAUGGAAGUAUAAAUAAUAAAGCAAGAAAAGCAGAUCCAUUUGGCUGGCUCCGUGGAUUGCUCCUGAAUGUACUGAAAAUCUCCAAGGAAAAUGAACCCCACGCUGGGCCUGGGCCUGCUUCUGGCUGGCCUCCUCACCGUGGAAGGUAUUCUGAAGAGCAACUUCUCUCCCAAGAAUCAUGAAGCUGUGAGUCGUGACCAAGUGGGGAAGGGAAGGAGGGCAGCUCAGGAGCUUGCAAAGCGAAACACAGACUUUGGCUUCAGGCUGUACAAGAAGCUGUCCUGCAGUAACUCUAACAAGAACAUCUUCUUCUCCCCUUGGAGCAUCUCUGUGGCUUUCUCCAUGCUGACUCUGGGUGCGCAGGACUCCACCCUGGCUGAGAUCAAGCAAGGCUUCAACUUCAGGAAUAUGCCUGAGAAAGAUCUUCAUGAAGGCUUCCAUUACCUCAUCAACAGGCUGAACCAGAGAAACCGUGGUCAUGAUCUGGGCCUCGGGAAUGCCUUGUUUAUUGACAAGAAGCUAAAGCCACAGAAGAAAUUUCUGACAGAUGUCAAGAACCUGUACAAGGCAGACACUAUUCCCAUCAACUUCCGGAACUCGGAAAAUGCUCAGAGGCAGAUCAAUGACUACGUCAAUCAGAAAACCCGGGGGAAAAUUAGCAACCUGGUCAAGGAAAUAGACCCUAGCACUCUGAUCCUUCUUAUGAAUUAUGUUUUCUUUCGAGCCAGGUGGCAACAUGAGUUUGACCCACAGGCAACUAAAAAGGAAGAUUUCAUUCUGGAAGGAAACAGGACAGUGAAGGUGCCAAUGAUGAUCCACAGCAGCAUGUAUGCAGUUGGUCAUGAUGAACAGCUUUCCUGCACUGUCCUGGAAAUGCCCUUCCAGGGCAACCUCUCAGCACUCUUCAUUCUUCCUGAUGAGGGCGAAAUGAAGAAUGUAGAGGAAUCCUUGGGGAUGAGCACCUUUGCCAAAUGGAAAAAGUUACUCAAUCGAAGUGUCACAGAAGUGUCCGUGCCCAGGUUGUCUAUCUCCAGUCAGUAUGACCUGAAGAAGACUCUCUCCUCCAUGAGUGUCACCAGAAUCUUUGAGGACCACGGAGAUCUCACCAGGAUCUCCCCUCAUGAAGGCCUGAAAGUGGGUAAGGUGAUACACAAGGCUGCUCUGAAGAUGGAUGAGCAAGGUGCGGAGGGGGCUGCGGGCUCCGGAAUGGAGGUCCUGCCCAUGCAGACACGGUUAAAGAUCAAGAUAAACAGACCUUUUCUGCUGACGAUUUUCGAGAACAAUAUGAAUAACCUCCUCUUCUUAGGAAAGAUUUCUAAUCCUUCUGGGAACUGAGAGGAAAAUCUGCCUUGCACAGACCCAGCAGGGACUUGGGGCUGAAGACAAUUGGCCUCACUGGCAUUGAGAACACAGAACCUUUCUAAUCUAAUCCCCAUUAUCAUGACCUCCCCCAACCACUGUCCAAACAGGCAGCACCACAGAGCCACAGCUCUGAUUCUACCCCUAACCCGGGAACCUCUAUAUGU